CCCCCCUCUUGUUGGCUGUUUGGCCACCCGAUUCCUCCGGGACACUCCUCAAUCAGGUUGAUGCAGAGGCUUAUUUGAUCUCAUCCCUCCUGGUUGCUGCACCAGUGUGUUUCAUCAAUUCGGGAUAUCCCGAGCGAACUUUUUCUCCGGAGCACGCUCUUUUCCCGAGAACGCUCCCGAAUCAAGGAAGAAGAGAUUGACGGGGCACUUUCUACGCGGAACCGCAACGACAACGACCAAUGUCCAAGCUGUAACCCAUUCAACCGUGGGCUACGCGUCUCGCACGAACCGCCUCCGCAUUACCCAAGCCGUCGUCGCAUUGUUACUCAAUUCCACCCAAUCGAGCCUGUGUAACACGACCCUUCGCCUCCCCCGCGCCAAAGCCAGGAUCCAAGCUCCUCGGCCUGACAACCACCCCCCCCCCCUUUUCUCUCCUCCCCUACCUUACCUUCUUCCAUCGCCAGCUCCGGAAUCCCAUGCGGUCGGCUUGAAACAUUUCAAAACUCGGAAGGCGAAGCAGACACCAUGGUCCUCACGCACACCACCAACCACACCUACUCUCACCCGUUCCCGACCGUCACCCUCGCCUUCUUUCUCCGCUACUGCUCCCCGCAGCUCAAUCCAUUCGCCAACCAUGUGCUCAGCACCGACACCAUCGACUCGCACGUCGACCCGGAGACGGGACGCCUGCACACGACGCGGAUACACCUGAAGAAGUCGCGCCUGCCGCCGAGCGUCAUGAAGCUCCUGCCUUCAUCCCUAACGGGUGGCACGUCGGACAAGGCGUCGUACAUUCUCGAGACGAGCGUCGUGGACAUGCGGGAGGGGUGGAUGGCGACCGAGAGCCGGAACCUCAACUUCGUCGGCGUGCUGUCCGUCGUGGAGCGGCAGCUCUACACGGUGCCCAAGAACAAGGCAUCGGCGGCGGCGGCGGCGGCGGCGGCGGAGAGCACGGACGUGGAGACCAGGGUCGUGUUCCGCUCCCGGUUGGGCGAGCGCAUCCGGGACCGGCUGGGCCAGGCGCAGGCGCAGGCGGAGGCGGCCGUGAGCGAGGGGGGCAGCGGCUUCUUUGCGCGGCUGGGCGCGCGCGGCAUCCAGCGCAGCAUCGAGACGCUCGCGUCGACCAAGACGCAGGACCAGCUCGGCAAGAGCCGCGAGGGCAUGCGCAUGAUCCUGGAGAGGCUGCGCCAGACGGGCAUCAUGGGCGUGCUCGAGCUGCGCAAGAUGGCGAGCCAGCGCGCGAUGGAGCGGGCGCAUUGAGCGGCGCCGCGUCGCCUUCGGUCGUGAUGCCUCGUUCCUACUCGGCAAGCAGUCGAAUCUCUGUUUCACCCGACAGCUCGGUCUCGUCGGUUGUCUGCCUCGCCGCGCUCCCGAGUUGAGCUAGCUUACAACCCUGGCUCACGUCGUCGCCAUAUUGUCGGCCGUCUGCGCAAGAUUCCGCUGUUUAGCGGGCUCGAUGAAUCGACAUCUUUUCACUCCUCCUCAAUUCUCAGUUUUCCCCCCGCCAACACCGACAAGGCAAGGCGGGCUUCUCAGAGGGCAGCCAGCCAUCGGCUGCUCCCGUGUUGUACUUUUUCUCCACCCCUUUCACCCUGUUUUAUCUAGUUCUCGAGCACGGCGUACGGAAACUUGUUUUGAUAUCAACGGACAUUAUUUUUACGAAGGGGCUACGCUCAUGAUCACCAAGGCUGGAAGGACGGGAGAGAAAAAAACCAAAACCACCGGAGGUCUUGGUAAGACGGGAGGCAUGUUGCCUAAUUCCACUCUCUGCUGUGCUUGUUGUAUGAUAGCGUUGUAGCGUCGGUCACUAGGACUGAUGUAAGGACUGGCGAAGGGACAUGACAGGCGGAGGAGGGCUGGAUGGGACAAGUUAGGAUCACAGUCAUUACCUACCCGCCAUUAAAUUCGAAGCCGGUUUCCUU